AUGUCUGAUCCCAAAAACAUCGCUCCGGCACCAACAGAGGGAGACCUCGACAAGAACACAGCUCUUGAUGUCAUGUCCACCAUCAAGACUGUCGCUCCAGCUUCAACUGAGGGAGAUUUACCUGAUGAAUCGUCGUCUGGCCCAGUCAACAUCCUUCCCUCUCGAGAUGCGACGUCCGCGACCUCAGCAGCCCAACAGACCGACAACAUCGCCCAUGCUCUUGCAGGCGCAGGUGGGGGUCUGCUUGCUAUGACUCUAACUUAUCCUCUUAUCACCCUGUCUACCCGCGCUCAAGUUGAAUCAAAGAGAGCAGAUACUUCAACCCUUGCAGCUGUGCGUCACAUUGUGAACCGAGAAGGUAUCUCAGGUCUCUAUGCUGGCCUGGAUAGUGCUUUGUUCGGCAUCAGUGUCACGAAUUUUGUUUAUUACUACUGGUACGAGUGGACAAGAGCAUUUUUCGAGAAGGCCGCAAUCAAGGCUGGCCGAGCAAGUAAGAAGCUUACUACUGUUGAGAGCAUGCUCGCCGGUGCUCUCGCCGGGUCUGCUACUGUCCUGAUCACAAACCCCAUCUGGGUCAUCAACACGAGGAUGACCACAAGAAAAGAAGAUCAAGACGUCGAAGGUGAGAGGAAGCCAAAGAGAAAGCCCAGCACAAUCAAUACCCUGCUCUCCUUGGUCAGAGAUGAGGGCCUGAUGAGCCUGUUUGCUGGUGUGAUUCCAGCACUAGUACUGGUCAUCAACCCAAUUCUUCAAUACACUUUCUUCGAACAGUUUAGACAAAUACUCGAGAAGAGGAGAAAGGUUGGCCCCAAGGACGCCUUUGUGCUUGGUGCUCUCGGCAAAUUGCUAGCCACGACUAUCACCUACCCAUACAUCACUGUCAAGUCAAGAGCUCAUGUUGCUACAAAAGAUCAGCCAGCUGAACCCAUGACAAAGAGCUUGCAGAAGAUCGUCCGAGAGGAGGGUUAUGCUGGUCUUUACAAGGGACUUGUACCCAAGGUUAGCCAGUCAGUCAUGACUGCUGCUCUCCUCUUCGCCUUCAAGGAUGUGCUUUAUGAUGCUACUAUUGCUGCGCGACGUCGUCUGCAGGCACGCAGAGCAUGA